UAGGAGAGUGAGAGAAGGCUAAAAAGCACUUUCUCAAAGAGUGACUGAGAGAAGAAUGCAAAUCGUUGUCCUGCGGACUGAGCAACUGUGUUAGUGAUCUCUGAUAAAUUAGAGAUCUUUGCCAGGCAGAAAGGGAAACUGCCUGAACAAGACACACAGAGGAAGGGAGGGAGAGAGGGAGCUAAUUUAUGGUCUAACUGUCUGGGUGUGUCUGCAAGGAGUGGCCCACAGUCGAUCAGAAGGGAGACUGAUCAUCUCUGUUAACCAUGGGCAAAUCAGCCUCUAAGGUGUUUGCUGAAGAGGUGCUGCGCUCCCACAAUGAGUACAGAAGGAAACACCAGGCACCUCCCUUCAAACUCAGCAGCAAACUCAGCCGAGAGGCCAGCAGGUAUGCUGAGAGUCUGGCCAGUACAAGGAUCCUGAAGCACAGUGCUGAGUCCAGCAAAGGGAGCUGUGGCGAGAACCUGGCCUGGGCUUCCUAUGACCAGUCAGGAAAAGAUGUGUCUGAUCGUUGGUAUAAUGAAGUGCAGCAGUAUAAUUUUAACCGUCCCGGCUUUAACUCUGGAACUGGUCACUUCACAGCGAUGGUGUGGAAAAGCUCACGCAAGAUGGGCGUAGGAAAGGCCCAGGCGUCUGAUGGCUCCACGUUUGUUGUGGCCCGCUACACCCCAGCCGGAAACAUCAUCAACCAGGGACACUUUGAGGCCAACGUGAUGCCCGCCAGGAGCUGAAGAGACUCAAAGGGAGAUGGAGGUGACAGACAAGCUGGGAGGAAAAGGAAGGACACAACACUAAACAAGUUAGGGAGAAAGACGGUAGCAGGUCAACAAGAAAGCGAGACCGUGUCUGUGAGACAGUGGGACCAUGGACCCCAAUCUGAGUUCAUGGCAGAAGAUAGAAAACUUGAGGCGCACUCUUCAGACAAGCUCAGUGGUGCUGACUACCUACAUGGACAUUUACAUUCAUUAGUGAAUGACUGAUUGACUUGAAAUGACAUGAAACACCCUGUACUCAGUAUUAUAACACAAUAUGCAUUUCAUUCAUAUCCAAAACACUGACAAUCUAUAUAACUGAAUUGUGUGUCUCAAGAGUAGGCAAGCAACAUUAUCUUCUUGGAAAUGACUGCUGACAGAUGAGAACUUGUUUUUAUAAUCUUGACAAGUAUUCUGCAAGUAUUUGGAAGGCUUGAAUUAAGCAUUACAAGAUAUUAUUUAUCUGCAAAAGUAUUAAUUUGUAUGUAUGGAGAUUUAAGUACUUAGACUGAUGCCACUUGAUGGUGAAUGUUCUAACAUAAGUGUUACACAUUUAGCCGUGUUUUCUUUUUUGAUUGUCACUUGCACAAAACAUACCGUAUGUCACUGUUCUCACGUUGUCACUGAACUUAUUUAAAAUGUAAUCUUCAAUUAAAUACUUGAAAAGAC